CUAAAAACCUUGAUUAUUCUGGUUAGUCACAUUGUACUGCUAUUAUUUUGAACAAGACUGUACAUCAAAUCCUAAUCCUACAUCUGAAGUUCAAGUAACUGAGGAAAGGCUUAUUGAUGAACUGAUGUCACUGAAGGUGACAGCUGUCCGACGGUUAUGUGCAUCUUGUGGGUUAGAUACCAAGGGAUCAAAGAUGGACCUUAUAAUGAGACUGAGGAGUAUGACACUGAGUAUCAUAUGACAACAUUUUUCAAAAGGUUUGGGGUGCAUCAGGUUUGUAUGCAUAGAUAUAUUUUAAUUUAUAACAAAAAAAAACAUGAACAUAGAAAUCUUUAUUAUUAUUUUUUUACUUUAAGUGCUGCAAUCAUUAAUGUUAAACAAUCUAUUACAUAGGUGGCUGGGCAGUUGUUAUGUGCCCCUGCGGUGUUGUUAACAGCAUUAAAGUCCUGGUGAGAACUGAUAGUCCAAGGGAUUUCACUGACAUUUUGCUGUCCUGGAAACUCCUUCCCAAUAUAACUAUUUAUGACUUUGCAAGAGGACUUUCCUCUCAUGCAAAUCUCCGUAAUCCAAACAUAUGAUUCCCUUCAGUCCACAUGAGGGUCUACUUUUGAAGCCAGUGGUGCAACCAAUAUUGCAGCAGCAGAUGAGGGUAGACUUAAAAUUUCAUUAAAAUGGCUCAAAGAGAAGACAAUGCCUGCUGAUGUGAAUGGGCAUCCAGGCUUAUCUGAUAUGUACUUUCUGACAGAUUUCAUGAAAACAACACAAAGAAUCCCAGUGAUAAACUUCAUAAAAUACGGCUUGUGCCUGAGUUGGCUGGAGGAGAUAAUUCUCAAUGUGCUGAGCAGUUGUUUUCUCAAAUGAGAAAAUCCUAAAUGUUAUGAAGCCAACAAAUCAUGUUUUAUUUUCUUAUUAUAGUGGUGCAACAGGUUUCGCAUGUUGCAAUAAACAGGUUGGCUGAACAGCUUACCAAGCAUGGCCAAGCACUUGCAGAUAAACUUGUUUUUUUCAUAAUGUAAUUUAAUGUUAUUACCACAUUUAUUGGUUUUCCUAAAAAUGUUAUUUGACACUGGUGUUAGAUGAUGCUCACAUGCUUUAUGACUUUAGGUAAAAGCACAGUUGAAAUAGAUGAUAAGCCAAGUAAACACAACAUUUUCAUUUCAGUGUCUCAGGAUUUAGGAAUCUUGCUUCUAAUGUGUAUUUUGACAUCUCAUGAAGACUUUGGUUUAUUUUUGAACAGAAUAUGUUAAAGAAGCUUUAUGUAACACUUUCAUAUGUUGUAUUUCCCUUGUAAGUGGAAAUUUUGUUCUUACAUUAAUACGUUUGAAAUGUUUACAAAGUAAUUUGGUUUAUUUGGUCAAUAAAUAAAGCAAUUUAUGCAUUCUUUUGUGUCUAUUUUUUUUUUAAUUCAACCCUCCCUGAAUAAGAAUUAUGUAAUUUUUCCUAAUGGCUAACAUGGCCGCCAUUUUAAGUAAACUUAGUAAAUGUACUAUUUUCGUGCACUCAUUUUGUGGCUUAUAUAUCACAUUUGUUUUUGGUAGUUCUUAAAAUUAAGUUAAGACCAUCUAAGUGUUAUUUUGAGACAUCAUUUAUUUCAAUAAAAAUCUAGUUGGUACUGGUAUUCUUACUUUUUCAGGUAAACUGAAGUACUGCUCAAGUAGAACUUUACUUUUAAUAAGUAUAUUUGUACCAUAACUUUACAUAACUUACAAAUGUACUGGCUAGUAUUUAAGUGGUUUAUGGACUGGGACUGCUGGAUUAUUUAUUACUUCUUCAUGCAACAAUGUUUAUUUUUUUAAUCAUUUUAAUAAGCAAUAUUAUAUAAAACAAAAACGUUACAAGAUUUUAAAAAAGAACUUGUUUAGUCCUCUUAUUGUUUUCAGCACGACUUUGUUAAAUGUUCACUUCUAAAUUAAAUGAAAUAACAGAAUUCUUAAUGUUUAUGUUUUGUUGAGAUUAGCUUUACCGUUUUAAGGUCUUUUACGCUAUACGUGUUUUAACAUAUUUUGAAUAUUUUAUUUAAACCCAAUUCUUCUACAUCUUUUUUACCAGAGUUAUUUUCUGUUUUUUAAUAGUAUUGUUGAUACUCUUACAGACACAAUUAUGAUGAUUACUGCUUUUAUCUUAAUGUAGUAUCAACAAUAACCUGCUCGCGCUGAAUGAUGCGUCUUAUUUGAUAACUUUCAGCUUCCAUGUUGCCAGAUAUUAGUACGAAAAACAAGCAAAAAUACUUGGCUUUAAAAACAAAGUUCGUCCAAACCAAGGGAUCGGUUUUAGGUCCUAUCCUGUUCUCGUUAUACAUGUUACCUCUAGGAGACAUUAUCAGGAAACAUAACAUAAGUUUUCACUGCUAUGCGGAUGAUACCCAGCUUUACAUCUCCUCACAUCCCAGCGAAACACACACGUUUUCUAAGCUAACAGACUGCCUUAGCGAUGUUAGUGACUGGAUGGCACAUAACUUUCUUAAGCUGAACUCCAAUAAGACAGAGAUACUUAUUAUUGAACCGAAUCGCUACAAACAUAAUAUGUUAGAUUACAAGUUGCACAUAGAUGGCUGCACUGUGGUGCCAUCUUCCACGGUUAGGAACUUAGGUGUGAUGUUCGACAGCAACUUAUCCUUCGAUAGUCAUAUCGCCAACGUCUGCCGCACAGCAUUCUUCCAUUUUAGAAAUAUCUCGAAUAAUAUACUGUCUACAUCUGACGCAGAGAAGCUUAUCCAUGCUUUCAUGACCUCUAGAAUAGACUAUUGUAACUCGCUACUCGGGGGAUGCCAUGCAAAUCAAGUAAACAAGCUUCAGCUAGUUCAAAACGCUUCCGCAAGGGUACUUACUCGAUCUAAAAAGUAUGACCACAUAAGCCCAAUUCUGGCAUCUUUACACUGGCUACCAGUUAAAUAUCGCAUACAAUUUAAAAUAUCACUAAUCACCUACAAAGCUUUAAAUGGCCUAGCACCCUCAUAUCUUAGAGAAUUACUAUCAGAAUACAAUCCAUCACGCACACUACGGUCGCAAAAUUCUGGUCUCUUGAUUAUCCCUAGACUAUCAAAAGUGUCUAAAAGUGGAAGGUCAUUUUCCUACUUAGCCCCUAAGCUCUGGAAUGAUUUACCAACCGAUGUCCGAGAAUCAGACACAGUCGAUAAUUUUAAAUCUAGACUUAAAACUUUUCUCUUCAACAAAGCAUUCGCAUAAAAGUCUAGUAAAAGUACUUAACUCGAAAUAGUUAUCUGUACGGAACAAAGCACUCGCGGUCAUAACACAGACCACCAAAUAAAUAAAUAAAAACCUUAUCUUAACCUAUAGUCGGAUUGCGAU